AUAUAUGGAAUUAUUUGAGUGAAAGGCACCUCAAAAUUCAGGAUAGUGUAGAUAAGAGGACCUAUUUUUCCCGAUCUGCGUAUAAAGGUUUAGCUCAAGGUGACCCAAUGUCACCGAUACUAUUUAAUAUUGUAACAGCUAAAAUUUUUCAUAGAGUAGUUAAUGUUUCAUUAUGUCAAUAUGCGGAUGACUUUGUUUUAUUUAGUACAAAUAAAGACAUAUUUGAAAGUAUUAGCAAGUUACAGGGAGCAUUAAUUAUAUUUAAUGAGUUGUUAAAUGAUAUGGGAUUGGAGCUAUCUGUUAAAAAAUCAAAAUUUUGUAUAUUUAGUAGGGGUCAUAGAAGACAACGAGUAGAAUUAAAAGUGGACACUUUUUCUUUAGAGUUGGUAGAAGUUUAUAAAUAUUUAGGUUUAUGGUUAGACAAAUCCUUACGUUGGGGUAAGCACAUCGGCGAGACGGUCAUAAAAGUGCAAAAAUGUUUUAAUUUGCUUAAUGUUUUGGCUGGAUCAUCCUGGGGCGUUCACACUAAACAUUUGCGUCAAAUUUAUUUAGCUUUGAUACGAAGUCGUAUAGAUUAUGGAUCCUUCAUAUAUGACAAUGCCGCAAAAUGUCAUUUAAUUAAAUUAGAUAGGUUACAAAAUCAGGCUUUGAGAAUAACAGGGGGCUUUAUAAAGACUACUCCAAUUCACGUUAUGGAGAGUGAGCUGUGUAUUCCACCGUUAAAGCAACGGAGGAGAGAUUGGAAAGAAUACUUCGACAAAAUGUCAUUAGAAAAAGGAAUAUGGUAUCGAACGUUGCAGAGUGAGCCUCCUCAUAUACCUUGGAGCAGCUGUACACGAAUGAAAAGGAAAUAUGUAGUGUUGGCCCACAGGCUUAGAUCAGGGCACAUUCCAGGCAACAAAUUCGGAUUUCUUAUGGGAAAAACAUCUUCUCCAAAUUGUGACUCCUGUGGAGUCAUAGAUGAUGUAUAUCAUUGGUUGGUGGAAUGUGUCCGAUUCCAAUCAGGAAGAGACCGUCUGGUUGAAUUAUUAAACUUAAAGAGAUUGCAAACUAGAUGA